GCGAACAAAUGAGUUCCGAUGAUGCUCUCUCCAUCUAUGCGUCAGACCCUGGAACGGAGACUAGGCCAGAACCGGAGGAGGGAGAACGAUUUGAAACCGGAGCGGAAACACGGCCUUUCCGCCCAUCACAGCGAGGGGAAACGGAAACCCGGACUUUCCGCCCCCUUCUGCGACACGAACGUCGUUCGCUCAAACGCCGUCUGCACCGUCGCCAAGCGCACAACCCGGCCAGACUGGAGACCAGGUCUCUCCAGCUUCACCGGGCUAGCUCCUUUAGAGCCGGGCUAACGGCUCCUUCUUUGCUGCCAACGACAGCCAUUUUACCGACGGCGGUGGUAAAGAUCGAGGCAAGAGGACGCCUACAUUUAGUCCGGGCUCUCAUAGACGCAUGCGCCCCUACGUCGCUAAUUGCACGCGACCUUUUAAGGGAACUGCAACUAGUGCAGACUGAUAUCGGUGGUCAACGCGGCUGCCUUUUAGUACUGCGAGGCAGACAUGGGACGAAUACCCGCAUAUCGACGCAUGUAAGGGUAAUGCACAACUAUAUGCGUAUCAGCCCGACCACCACGCUGGACUCCGACCUAGCAGCCCCAUACACCCACAUCAAACUGGCGGAUCCAAACUUCUACAAGUCGUCGCCGAUACGCUUGGUGCUCGGCGCGGAUGUAUACUCCCGCAUCAUGACCCAACAGGUCAUGCCACAAACGUUUGGGCAGCUUCUCGCUCAGGGCUCCAUUUUCGGCUGGGUGCUUUCGGGUACGGCCCGGUACUAA